UCCUGCACAUCUCCAUCACCGCGGGCAUGACCAGCGCGCUCUUCAUGGGCCCGCUUGGUAAGGGUUCCUGGCAUGAGUGGGAGCGCGACCAUAUUUUCUCCCUUCUCGGUAUGGUCUGGUACAACACAAGCCGCUCAGAAUCGUCGAACGCAAAUUUUCAGCGGUGGAAAAGGAUAGUGGCGGCGCAGUUCCCUAACGCGAAGCCGUGGCUCAUCAAGUUCAUCAGGCCUGCUGAGACGCGUUGGAUGGUGGUUAUGGACGGGGCCAAGCUCCUCUGUGAACGCUGGGAACAGGUCGAGUGGCUUUUUUGCGAGUACGCUGCUAGAAACCUCAACAAGACGACUUUCAGAAACUACUGGGUCCAGUCGGCGUGCAUGCUUCGAGAUCCUUUGGUUCGUGUGCAUGUCAUGUUCACGGCAAGGCUCGGAGAGCUGUUGUUCGACUGGGCGGCGAAGGGGUCGNUCUGUGAACGCUGGGAGCAGGUCGAGUGGCUUUUUUGCGAGUACGCUGCUGGAAACCUCAACAAGACGACUUACAGAAACUACUGGGUCCAGUCGGCGUGCAUGCUUCGAGAUCCUUUGGUUCGUGUGCAUGUCAUGUUCACGGCAAGGCUCGGAGAGCUGUUGUUCGACUGGGCGUACAACUGGAUUCAUGGCAAAGGGGGGUUCUUUCUGAAGGGCGAAGGGGUCGGUCGGCGGCUGUCUCCUGGGAUGCGUUUGGUGGAGGUGGCUGACUUCUCACGCCUGCUUCUCCAAAAGUUGGAGACGAUCCACAAGGAUCCCCAGACGUACUUCNUACAACAGGGGUACCUUGCACAUCCUGGAAAUACAUUCCACGGGUACCUUGCACAUCCUGGAAAUACAUUCCACGUACCACACAAUCGUACAACCACUUGGCAUUGCUACAAGUAUAUCUAUCACGGUCGGCGGCUGUUUCCUGGGAUGCGUUCGGUGGAGGUGGCUGACUUCUCUCGCCUGCUGCUCCAAGAGUUGGAGACGAUCCGCAAGGAUCCCCAGACGUACUUCGCGGCGCUGCUAGACCGCGCGAAACUUUUCAUGUUGAACUUCAGCGAGGACAGUUUUUUUUUUGCCGAGGUCAAGAAGCGAUGGAUCAAGUGGAUGCAGCGGCAUCAGGAGCUACCUUUGAGCAUGGCGCGGAUUGGAUGCCCCUCGUUUUACUCUCGGACAGGAACAAUGGGGGGGGGGCUGAAAGAUGAGUUAACGUUUGGAGAGUUUUCCGGUGUUGAUGGGGAUCUUUCUGUGAGGAGUGAACCCGAGCAGUAUGCGAAUUCUGGGUGGGGUGACAAGGAGAUUGACGAGAGUGCACCGAAGGGUACGUCAGCACUGGCGCGUCUGUUCGAUUUCCCCCUCCUAUACCAGUUGGUAUGUCACCGAUUCUACUUCGUUCCCAAUCCUCAGCAGUUGAUCGAAGCCUUCUUUUCGAAAGAUAUCGUGUGCGCCGAUGCAACCGGUGAUCGAAUUCGUGGCGCCGGCAAGAAGGUCCUAAAGGAGGCAACGGAAGCAAAGCCUAUCUCCCACGCACGCAAACUGGCCGAGAACUUAAGCAGAAAAAGAGUGUUGGAACCAGAAGCUGCAGAGGAUUUGCUGGAUGUGUUAGAGAAGGAAGGGAGUCGGCGGCCGCGGGUGACCGCGGCAGAAUUUUCGGAGUCGGAGUGACGCGUGGGUUUUGAGUGACGU